AUGCUUGGCUUAGCUUAUGACAAACUCACCUAUGUAACCUUUGGUGCAAUUGUCUUGGACAGCGUCAUUGGAGUUGCGGAUGACGGAAUGUGGCACGCUGCAUAUCCGGGGCGCACUGGAUAUGAAAUUACCGUGGGCGAUUGUAACAUGAAUGAUGGGAUUCUGUUUAUUAUUGAUGAUGUUGAAGUCCAAACACCUCAGCAACGACGGGCAAACGAAAAGUACGCCAAGGGAGUCGAGAAGCGAGCUGGAAAACCCGAAUCCGCGUAUAAAAAGAAGGAGGCCCGAAAAUCACCAGUCGGCGUCAUUGCUGUGGUCGCUUUGAUCUUCGUUGUCAUCGCUCCUCUGCUUAUUGAACAGCUCAAGCUCAUGCCCGCUAUUUGGGGCUUCUUUCUCGAUUUCCUGGCAAAGCUUGGAUUAAUUUCGAGAUGA